AUGGCGCGUUCUUUGCACGUUCGCGGGUGGAGUUGGCGCACGCUGUGGAUUUUAUCUUUUGUGUUCUUGUGGAAUAAUGUUCAAGCCCAAAUCCGUUACACCAUUCCAGAGGAAUUAAAGGAAGGAUCUGUUGUGGGAAAUAUUGCAAAGGAUCUCGGUUUGGAUGUGUCUGACAUUACAAACCGCAAAUUGCGGAUAGCUUCUGAAUCUGGUAAUCAGUAUUUCACUGUGGACUUGACAAAGGGUGAGUUGGUGGUGAAUGAGAGAAUAGACAGAGAGAAGUUGUGCGGGCAAAGUGACGUUUGUGUUUUGCCCUUGCAAGUCGUUGUCGAAAACCCACUUCAGCUGCAUGGUGUGGAAAUAGACAUUCGCGAUAUUAAUGACAACACCCCAGAAUUUCAUGCGAAGGAAAUCAUACUAAAAAUCGCUGAAUCUACCACCCCAGGGAAAAGGUUCCCUUUAGAGAAAGCAAGUGACCCAGAUGUUGGUAGUAAUAGUCUGCAGUCUUACAUAUUAAGUAAGAAUGACUAUUUUCGUUUAAAUGUAAAAACUCUGAAAGACGGAAUAAAGCUUCCUGAACUGAUUGUGGAGAAAGCUCUGGAUAGAGAGACUGAAUCAUCACAUCAACUUGUGUUGACAGCUUUGGAUGGAGGUAGUCCUGCAAGAACCGGAACAAUGUUGUUACAGAUAAACGUUCAAGAUGUUAACGACAAUGACCCUAAGUUUGAAUCGGCAACGUACAAGGCAUCUGUGCAGGAAAACGUUGAAAUUGGGCAUUUGGUCACCAAAUUAAAAGCCACGGACUUAGAUGAAGGUCCAAAUAGCGAAAUAGAAUACUCGUUCCCCGCACACACAACCGACACAGUUAAGCAGACAUUUACAAUUAACCCAGAAACGGGUGAAAUAUCAGUGAUAGCUGCUUUAGAUUAUGAAGUUUGUAAGUCGUAUACUUUCGAUGUUAUAGCGAAAGACAAAGGAGCUCCAGAACUAGAAGGCCAUUCCGCUGUUCAGAUCGAUAUUCUCGAUGAAAACGAUAACGCACCAGAAAUAAUAUUAACAUCUCUACCCAGUCCCGUGACAGAAAAUGCCAGCAUUGGCACUGUUGUAGCAUUAAUUAAUGUUAAAGAUUUGGAUUCUGGUGACAAUGGUAAAGUUGAACUGAGCGUAUCUCCUGGUUUUCCGUUUACCUUGAAACCGUCCCUGGAUAAGCACUAUUCGUUGGUAACUGAUUCACCAUUGGAUCGCGAAGUAACACCAGAGUACAAAGUCGAAAUCAUAGCAUCAGACUCUGGAAACCCCUCGUUGAAAAGUAGUAAAAUGAUCAAAGUUGAAGUGUUGGAUGUCAAUGACAAUCCACCGUUAUUUUCACAAUCUUCUUACAACGUGUUUCUACGAGAAAAUAAUCCUGCAGGGUCAUCAUUGUUUUCUAUAACUGCAACAGAUAAAGACCAAGGAAAUAACGCAAAGUUAAUUUAUUCAAUUGCAGACUCAAAAUUCAAUGAUAUCCCAGCUUCAUCAUAUUUUUAUAUCAAUGCGGAAAAUGGAACAGUGUAUAGUAUGAACUCAUUUGACUAUGAAAAACUAAAAUUAUUCAAAAUCGCAAUCCAAGCUACAGAUCAGGGUUCGCCGUCUCUUCGCAAUAACGCUACCGUUAAUGUUUUUAUUUUGGAUCAAAACGACAAUGUCCCUUCUGUCAUAUAUCCCUCCACAGUCAUGGGCUCUGUGUCCCAUCAGAGGAUGCCCCGCUCUGCUAAAAUGGGGCACCUCGUCACCAAGGUAACAGCUGUGGAUGCUGACUCGGGCCACAACGCAUGGAUUUCCUAUAGACUCGCGGAAGCUACAGACUCGUCUCUGUUCGCUGUGAAUCUUUACACUGGAGAGGUGAGGACUAAACGCUCUGUUUCAGAGCAGGAUGACGCCUCUCAGAGACUGCUGAUAGAGAUCAAGGACAAUGGAGAGCCAGUCCAGUCCACCACAGUAACAGUGGACAUACUGAUAGAGGACGGACUACACGAACCCAUCUCAGACUUCAGACAGAAAGCCACAGAAAAAGACAAGAAAAACAGUAAACUCACUUUCUAUCUGAUCCUGUCGUUAGCCUCGGUGUCUGUGUUGUCGUUGUUGACGUUUUUCAUCCUGCUAAUUAAAUGUGCCAGGAGCACUAGAGGCGGUGAUAGCUGUUGCAUUAGAAGAGAUUCUGAUGGAUACAAGAAUCCCAACAGAAACCUACAGAUCCAGCUCAACACUGACGGGCCUAUUAAGUAUGUGGAGGUUCUGGGAGGAGACAUGAUGUCUCAGAGUCAGUCUUUUGGGUCCUACCUGUCUCCAAUGUCGGAGUUCAGUGACUUAACUUUCGUCAAACCCAGCAGCACACUUGACUUUAAGGAUACAUUACGUGGUCUCGAUGCAUCAUUGCCAGACAGUGCAUGGACGUUUGAAUGUCAACAGAGGAUGCCCCGUUCUGCUAAAAUGGGGCACCUCGUUACCAAGGUAACAGCUGUGGAUGCUGACUCGGGCCACAACGCCUGGAUUUCCUAUAGACUCGCGGAAGCUACAGACUCGUCUCUGUUCGCUGUGAAUCUUUACACUGGAGAGGUGAGGACUAAACGCUCUGUUUCAGAGCAGGAUGACGCCUCUCAGAGACUGCUGAUAGAGAUCAAGGACAAUGGAGAGCCAGUCCAGUCCACCACAGUCACAGUGGACAUACUGAUAGAGGACGGACUACACGAACCCAUCUCAGACUUCAGACAGAAAGCCACAGAAAAAGACAAGAAAAACAGUAAAAUCACUUUUUAUCUGAUCCUUUCAUUAGCCUCGGUGUCUGUUUUGUCGUUGUUGACGUUUUUUAUCUUGCUAAUUAAAUGCGCCAGGAGCACUAGAAGCGGUGAUAGCUGCUGCAUUAGAAGAGAUUCUGAUGGAUACAAGAAUCCCAACAGAAACCUACAGAUCCAGCUCAACACUGACGGGCCUAUUAAGUAUGUGGAGGUUCUGGGAGGAGACAUGAUGUCUCAGAGCCAGUCGUUUGGGUCGUAUUUGUCUCCAAUGUCGGAGUUUAGUGACUUAACUUUCGUCAAGCCCAGCAGCACACUUGACUUUAAGGAUACAUUACGUGGGCUUGAUGCGUCAUUACCAGACAGUGCAUGGACGUUCGAGUGUCAACAGCUCGUGUAG